AGCAAGGUCAUAAAACUGAAACUGUCGUCAGUAGGUAAAAUGAUUUUGCGAAUCUAGAAAUGAUUCACCCUUCCGUUUUUCUUCUGAGUGCGAUUCUCAUGAUCGUGUCGGUUUGGUCUAGUAGAGUGCUAGAAAUUGAGAAUCCUAAGUGUUGUGGACGGGAAUAUCAGUCUCUUUACCGCAUAUAUGAUAAUAAAGGAACAACAAAUUUUCAGGCGGUAAUUCAGAAGGGAGAAAAGUUUCAUUUGAAUAGAAUUGGCAAGAGUGCAGUUCCGAUAAAUAAAGUGGAUAAACAGGGAGUUUAUAUAAGAGAACUGAUAGAAAAUAUUUUGCCCACUAUAAUCAAUGGUUCUAUUCAAAGAGGAAAAUCAUUAAGAUCAGAUUUAGAGGCUUUUGCAACUGCAGUAUCGGAGAUUGUUCGUACCGAGUUCGAUGAUAUUUUUUAUGGGUUUUCAAGCACGCCGACACUACAACAUAGCUCCGUACAUAUUAUUAAAGCAAAGAACUACACACUGAAAAGAAUCAACAUAGAAGUGGAAAAUGUAUUAAUCAAAAUUGAAGAAAUUGUGAAAGCGUUAAAUGGGACACACAAAAAAUUAAAGAAUAAUUAUCGAAAAUGUUUAAUGAAAAAUGGAUGUCUCGAUGAACAUUCAUCAUUUUUCCAUGAGUUUUUCAAUAUUAUGUCAAGAUUGAAGAUGUCUUUCGAAGACUGGAACACUUUGGAGAGGAAAACGAAAGAAAAUAUAUCGAUGUAUUUGUCCAAUUUCAGGAAAAAACUGAAUAAUUCGAUCACCAAGUUAACAAAUGAACAAAGAACCAGGACACAGUUUUCCAUCCAGAAGGAAGUCAACAACUAGAGUUCAUGGGCCGCUGAGGGCGUAAAGAAAACUGUCGAUGCGCAGAAAAUACGAGAUGAAAAACUCCGAACAAC